AUGCCGUUGAAUCAUAGUAGAAUCAUAGCAAAUUUGUGUACAAUUUGUCGCGAACGGUUCUCUGAACAUGAUGAUAAUUUGUUGACGGCUUGCUCACACCAGUUCCAUAGGGCCUGUCUGCUGAACUGGCUAAAGCGUAAUUCCAAUUGUCCGCAAUGCCGCGCGAAAUGUCACAGCCGAGAGUUCGGUCAAAACGCAGGUGCACAGACUAGAGCUCGUGUGGCGCAACACUCCGAGGAAAAAUCGAAUAAUAGGAACCCCGACUUUGCCACAAAUCUACAAGCUUAUCAACAGCAAACCGAAGAUGCUGCAAGUUUGCCUGUUGCCAAUGCACCGGAAGUUAGCGUUGAUGUCAAUGACGAGGAUAAUCGGAUUCGUAAUAUCGUAUCCGCGGUAAUUUUCGCUAGGCAAGCUGCAAAUUUUAAUAAUUUAGAAGACCGUGUUUCGCAAUUAAUCGAACAAAAGCUCGAAGAUGUUAUGUCCAAUUUAAUGACUCGGUUAAACUUAAACACUCAACCCGCUCAACCAACAGCAAAUCGUAGCCCCGAAGUAAGUGUUCCCCAACUUAAUAUGCCGCGGAACAACUCGACGCCGUUCUGGCCUAGAGGUAUUCCAAACCUAUCACAUAACUCGAACCAAAACUUCCACCACCAGAUUGACCAGUUACGUUUUAGUGACAUAUCGAGUGUCCCAAACUCUGGCCGGAUAGCUCAGUUGAUAUCUAAUUGGGACAUAAAAUUUGACGGUUCACCGAAGCUGUCAGUUGACAGUUUUUUUUUAUCGGCUUGAAUGCCAAGUAAUAGACACGUUGGGUGGUAAUUUA